AUGUCUGACGAAAUCAUAUGGCAGGUGAUCAACCAACAAUUUUGUUCUUUCAAGCUCAAAACCACCAAGGGCCAGAACUUCUGUAGAAACGAAUACAACGUGAGUGGGUUGUGCUCGCGUCAAUCUUGUCCGCUGGCGAAUGCGAAGUACGCCACCGUUAAAAACGUGGAUGGGAAACUCUACCUGUACAUGAAGACCGCAGAGAGGGCCCACACCCCGGCAAAGCUGUGGGAAAGAAUCAAGCUGUCAAAGAACUAUACAAAGGCAUUGGAGCAGGUUGACCAACAUUUGCUCUACUGGAACAAAUUCUUGAUCCACAAGUGCAAGCAGAGAUUAACCAGACUCACACAGGUGGCCAUAACAGAGCGUCGUAUGGCACUGAGGGAGGAUGAGAGACACUACGUUGGUGUGGCACCAAAGGUGAAGAGAAGAGAGGAGAAUAGAGAGAGAAAGGCGCUCGCAGCGGCCAAGAUUGAAAAGGCCAUCGAGAAGGAGUUGCUCGAGAGACUGAAGUCCGGCGCGUAUGGCGAUAAACCAUUGAACGUUGACGAAAAGAUCUGGAAGAAGGUGUUAGGCCACGUUGAGGAAGAGGAGGGAGUCGAACAGGAGGACGAAGAGGAGGAGGACUACGACAGCGAACUGGAAGAGGAGGACGACAGCGACGUCGGGGAGAUCGAGUACGUCGAGGACGAUGGCGACGACGACGAGCUCGUCGAUGUCGAGGACCUCGAGAGAUGGCUGGACGGAUCAGACGGCGACGAUGACAACGACGUCUCCACGGACAGCACUGACUCAAGCGACGAGGAGGACAACUACAAGAAGCGCAAGAGACAGGCCAAGGAAGCAAGGGCGAAGAAGAGACGCGCAAGGGUCGAGGUGGAGUACGAAGAAGAGCCACAGCAUAUAAACACAGUCUCUGUAUAG